AUGAGCCCCGGCACGCGGGCUGCCGCUCCGCCAGAUGACGUCCCCGAUGCGGGCCUGAGGAGCCUCGAUCACUACAAGAGGGCGCUCCCGAGAUGGCGAUACGCCCUUCGACAGAGGACGCUGCCCCUGAUCCGAUGGGAGACACCCUACCUUGCCUCGAUCCAGGCCAAGGUCCGCACGCCGGCCCUCGACAGCUACUUUGCCAUCACCGCCAACCUCGGCACCCAUACCUUCUUCAUGGUUGGCCUGCCCAUGCUCUUCUGGUGCGGCAAUGCGUCGUUUGGCAAAGGACUCGUUCAUAUGCUUGCCCUCGGUGUCUUCUGGACCGGUUUCGUCAAGGACUUUUACUCCCUACCGCGACCCCUGUCGCCGCCGCUGCACCGCAUCACCAUGUCUGGAUCCGCCGCCCUCGAGUACGGGUUUCCGUCGACGCACAGCGCCAAUGCCGUCUCCGUCGUCGUUUACGCCCUCCUCCUCCUGCACAGUCCCGGCAACACGUUUGGCCCGACGACCAAGCUGCUCCUCGAGGCCCUCUCGUACUUUUACGCCGUCUCCAUCGUCUUUGGCCGCCUCUACUGCGGCAUGCACGGUUUCCUCGACAUCGUCAUCGGCUCCAUCAUGGGCGCCGCCAUCGGCUGGCUCGAGUUCUCGUACGGCCCUUCGCUUGAUGAGUACAUGCAUUCGAGUUCCUGGGUGGCACCCUUCGUCGCCAUGCUCAUCAUCAUCGUCUUCGUGCGAAUCCACCCUGAACCGGCCGACGACUGCCCCUGCUUCGACGACAGCGUCGCCUUUGCCGGUGUCUUGAUCGGCCUGGAGUUUGGUACCUGGUCGUACGGCAAGAUCCCAGGGGACCCUUGGGAGACGCAUGCCUACGGCAACGGCACCGUCGACACGGCCGCCCUGGGCUUGUGGAAAAACCUGGCGCGCAUCGUCUUCGGAGUCCUCGUCAUCUUUGCCUGGCGGGAGACGAUGAAGCCCACGCUGCUCAAGAUAUUGCCCCACCUCUUCCGCUGGAUGGAACAGGUCGGCUGGAGUCUUCCACGGCGGUUCUUCAUACCCGCCAGCGAGUACAAGUCGGUCCCCCCCGGAUCGCGACUCGACACGCUCUUCCCCACCGCCUCGGAUUUUCCCCGCAUGGUCGAGAGCAUCCGGCACCCGACGACGAGGGGCAGGUCCGUCUCCAUCGGUCCGCAGAGCGCGGCCGACGCGUACGAGACGCUCGCGUACCGUGAGCGACGGCGGCGGGAGAGCAUCAGCAGCAACCACAGCAUCGCGACCAAGAGCAGCAUGGAAUUCAGGGCAAAGGAAGAUGACGACCUGAGCAAGGGGGCCCAGGCCACGGGGAUGCAGAAACCGGCUGCCCAGGUGCACGAGAAGGUGGCGGGCGACGCGAACGGGCAAGUGGUCGCUUGCAGCCCCCAGGAGAAUGAGCUCGAGGAGAAGGAGAUGUUCAUGCGGCUGGUCCGGCCGCGGGUGAGAUAUGACGUCGAAGUCGUAACAAAGCUCGUCGUUUACACAGGUAAGAAGGCCCCGGGCCGUCGUCUCCCCCCUUUCAAUGGCAGUCAGUUUGACAAGGGCAUAGGCAUCGCAUGGUUUGCCGUCGCGUUGAUCCCCAUCAUGUUUGAAUUUGUUGGCCUGGGCACCAACCACUUGAGACUGGGGUAA